GCGCCAGCUGAUACAAUUUUCAGUGCUACCCAUAAACGCAGACUUGUUUACAGAAUGUCUCUGCGAUUAAGCGUUUACCAACACUGGACGCAUUUCGCGCAUUAAGACUGCUGCUGCAUUCCAUAAAACAUUCGUGAAUGUUUAUGUAAAAUGCUACAGGAGGAACUCGAUAUCUAUGAUGAUUUGGAUCAAUUCCAAGAAGCUGAAACGAAAAAAUGCAAAGAAUUGGAAGCCUGGGAGGCGAAAUACGACGCCGCAAAGCUAGAAAUUGAAAGUUUGCAAGCGGAGAAAAAAGCACUUGCCAAGAAAAUCAGGACAAUGGAGGUAAAUUUUCAAAAUCUACUAGACACGGCAAAAGCAGAAAUCAAGCGCAAGGACGCACAAAUAACACAGCUGCGCAAGGAGAAAGAUGAUAUUUGCUUUAGGCGUAAGCAACCGCCCAAACUGGGGCUGCCCAAGUCUCAGAUAACCUCUUCGACCGAAUUGCAGCAACACCAGCAGUCGAAACGCUUUAAACGCAAUGAAAUGGCAGACAGAAAAACUGAAAACGAAAUCGCAUUCAACAAAAAGAACGACAACUGCGAUGAAAAGGCAAAGACAAAUGAUAAUCCAGAGGCGAAGCGAUCCCAGGCAGUGCCACCUAUUGGCCGGGAUGGGAAGGAGAGAGAGAAAUUCGAGAGGCAAGACAAACGGGAUCGGCCCUUGUGCUCGAAUCCCACAGCAAAGGUUCCGGCAAUGCAGAUGAGCAAUACACACGACAGAGAUCACGAAAAGCAGCGAGAAAGGCAUCGAGAUCGAGAUAGAGAUCGAGAUCGCGCACGAGGCAGGAGUCGACGUCGCAGUCGCAGCCGCAGUCGUAGUCGCAGCCGAGAGCAUUCUAAGAGCCGAAGUCAAAGACACAAUUCUAGAAGCAAGGAUCAAAGACGAAAACGUUCACGAUCACGAUCACAAUAUCGUUCACGUUCGCAUUCGCGCUCGCGUUCCACUAACCAAACAAACAGCAAGAACAGUAAAAGUAACAGCUGCCGAGAAACCGAGAGAGGACCCAAUGCCAAGUGCACAGCCCAAAGCAAGAGUAACAAACAUGAGACGAUGGAUGCACUCUUUGGCAGCACGCCCACACAAAAGAGUCCAUCAAAUGAUGGCAACCGCAGCGUAGAUAGUCUAAAGGUGAUUGAAAAUCUAUUAGCCAAUGCUUCCCCGUCUACACCAAUAGAGCUAUACACCCCGCAAAGCCAAAUUGAAGCCAAAGAAGAGCAACAAACUCACGAGCUAAUUGGAAAAGAAAAGCAACUGUUGGUGGAAGACAUUAAUAAUUAUUUCGAGAGCAAUGUUGAGAGGAUAAAGCAAGUAGUCAAACAGGUGCCAAGACAGCAUAUUCUAGUUAAUGAAGCGGACUCAAAACUAAUGGAAAGCUCUGCAGAAUCUAAAAUGAACACGGAGGAAUUAGUAAAUGACACAGACAAACAACCAAAUAAAAAUGCGAGAAAAUAUGCCGAAAAGGAAGCGAAAAUCAAAACACCCCGACAAAAAGAAUCGAUAGCCGGAAUCAAGGUUGUAAAAGAAAAGCCAAAUAGUGUAAAGAUACUGGAUGAUAUACUAGUGAAUGAUACAGCUAUCCAUCAGCGCAUACCAGGCUUGGAUUUUAUAGGCAGAGAGCAGGAACGAGAAUCCGAUACAAAAAAUGCCAUGGACAACGAGCACAUCCCCUGCUUGGACCUUAUAACCGGAGAGCAGAAACGAGUUUUCGAUACUGAUAAUGCCAUGGACAACGAGCACAUUCCCGACAUGGACCUAAUCAAUGGCAAGGAAAAAUUAAAUGAAAUGGAUAAAGCACGAGCAAGUAAACUUAUUGGAUUAGAUUUGAAGAAGGAUGAAAUGAUGGAAGUGAUUGAAGGAAACGAACACAAACAUGCUUCCAGCCUGGGUUCAGGCGAUCAGGCAAACUCAACUAAUGUGAAUGAUGCACAGGGCUUAAAUUCUGAAGAGGUUGUAGUGGAAUAUGUGGAUACGAAAUCUGAUGACAGAUUAACGGUCUUGGGAAUUUCAGUUGAAAAUGGAAGUUCGAUAGCAGAGGCUACGAAUGAUCAAGAAUUCAAUGCGGACUUAGACUCGCCAAAAGGCGAAAGUGUCAAAAAGAAGAAGAAAAAACGUGGAAAGACAAAGUUAGAUAAUGGACUUCAAAGGACGAUAGCAGAAGAGGUGGACACUAUAAGUAGAGCUAAACCUAUUGCCAAUAUAGUCUCACAAAUUAAACAUGACCUGAAUGGUGAAGAGGGAGUUUUAAAACAUGUGGAUACAGAAAUGCGUAAAGCCACAUCCGAUAACGACGCUUCAGGGGAAACAGAUUUAUCAAAAGAGGAAGAAAUGCCGGAUCUCGUAUUAGGUGUUGAAGAACUGACAAGUGAAGCAACUGACAGUAAAAUGACUCCAAAGAGCGGUGAUAAUCAGAAAACUGAAAAUCGUAUCAUAGCUAAGCUCGAUGUGGAGUCAAAUGAAGCCGUUAAACAAGACUGUGUAACUGCUGCGCAAUUAAAAAGCAAUACAAAUGAAUCCUUAGUGACAUUUAAAACAGAAGUUGUUAAAACGAACACAACAAAUUGUGACAAUACGCUUGAGCAAGCAAAAGCUAUCUGUCAUCCAGAAAGCCGACAAAAUAUGGAGACUACAGUAAACGAGUCCACUACGAGCCCGGAGCAAAAUCCUUGUCAAUUGGCUUACGCGCUGCUGGCCGAGGAGAAUUUAAAGACGCCCAAGCGGCCAGCGCGCAGCAUGGAUAGCAUACAAAUAAUUGAGGACAUACGCUUGCCCAUCAAGAUGGACAUUGAGAACAUUGCCGUCAAAGUGGAUGGCUCGAACAAGGAACAGAACCAUACAGAAGACCCCAGCUCAAAUAUGGGAGAAGCUGCGCCGGCAGCGUUUGAGUCGGAGAAUUCGCAGCUGGAGUUUAUUGCUGACAAUCAGAAUGAUAGUAAGUCGGGAACGAUUGUUACUCUCAACAGGACAAUUACACCGAAGCUCACAGUUGGGAUGGCCUCUGUCAUGUACGCUCAGCCUGACUCUACAAAAAUAGACCACAUUGAAGACGACGCUACACUCGAGGCGGCGAUGAAUGAGCUGAUACCGGUUAAACCGCUGGAAAGCUAUCCGAAUUUGUGCCUAGAAACGGACACCAUCGAGAUGGCAUUGAAGCAGCUGCAUCAGACGUCGCGUCAAGGUGAGGACCCACCAGACGAAGCGGCUGUCACGUCCACAUCGAUGAAGGGUGGACAAACGCCCAAGCAGGAUAUAAUUCAAAUCCUUAUGCAAUCCCCAAUGCAAGAGACGGCGGAGCACAGCCCGCUAAAACAGAAAAACGGAAAGAAACAGAUCGGAGAACGAAAGAUUAGAAAACGGAAAUCGCCAAGCAGCGAAAAUGUAGACAGUCUCACACCAGAUCAACUUGCGCAAACGCCGCUGAAGAAACGCACAAAAGAUGAAGACAACGAACACAAAAUAAAUAAUGCCGAUCCAUCUAUACCGCCAACGCCACCAGAGGUAGCAACGACAGCGGAGCCCUCGCAGCUGAGUGUGACCAUCGAUGAAACCUGCUAUGCGAGCAGCCUGGACCAGAGUCAGAGUCUCAACAGCAGCGACUCACUCCUGGUGACCAAACGCUGCUCGUUAGGAAAUAGCGACUAUCAGUUCGAGCGGCUCAACGAUGAGGUGGUACUCCGUGUGACACGACGUCGACGACGCCGUCCACCAGCAGUAACAGCUAUAAUCAAUGACACUUAAGACCUAUGUAUACACAUAUUGAACUGUUCACAUCAGUAAGAUAUCUGGCUAUAUGCUUACUUAAGCUAUGGAUGUAAAUACAUAAAUGCCUAUGUAACUACGGAGGAAC